GUGGUCAAAAAGCAAGAUCCACCGUAUCACUCGCUUUCGCUCGCUCAAAAUCUUUAUCGACCUUUGAUACCAAGCAAGUACAGGGAGCAUCAUCCGUCCGAGGCUCCUAGUCGAUCGCGCACCAACCAAAUGGAGACCCCGACCGUCGUGCUGCUGCCCGUCUGGUCCGCCGGCCACCUCAUGUCCAUGCUCGACGCCGGCAAGCGGCUGCUUGCCCGCAGCGGCGGCGGGCUGUCGCUCACGGUGCUCGUCAUGCAGGCGCCGGCGGCGAACGACAGGGCCGAGGUCGCCGCCCACAUACAAAGGGAGGAGGCGUCCGGCCUGGACAUCCGCUUCCAGCACCUCCCCGCCGUCGAGCCCCCGACGGACUGCCUGGGCAUCGAGGAGUUCGUCUCCCGGUUCGUGCAGCUCCACGCGGCCCACGUGAAGGCAGCCAUCUCCGGCUUGGCAUGCCCCGUGGCCGCGCUCGUCGUCGACUUCUUCUGCACAACGAUGCUCGACGUGUCCCGGGAGCUAGUCGUGCCGGCCUACGUCUACAUCACAGCCGACGCCGCCUUCUACGCGCUCCUCCUGCGCUUGCCGGCGCUCCACGAGGAGGUCGCCGUCGAGUUCGAGGAGAUGGAAGGCAUGGUCGGCGUGCCUGGCCUGCCGCCGGUGCCGCCGUCGUCCCUCCCGGUUCCGGUGAUGGAUAAGAAGAACCCCAACUACACGUGGUUCGUGUACCACGGCAGGCGUAUCACGGAGGCCAAGGGCGUCAUCAUUAACACGGUCACCGAGCUGGAGCAGAGCGUUCUUGCAGCCAUCGGCGACGGCCGGUGCACGCCCGGAAUUCCUGCCCCGACGGUCUAUCCAGUAGGCCCCGUGCUCUCCUUGACGCCGCCAGCGGAGGAGACACACGAAUGCGUGCGGUGGCUGGACGCGCAGCCUCCGGCGUCCGUGGUGCUCCUCUGUUUCGGCAGUAUGGGGUUCUCCACGGCGCCUCAGGCGCACGAGAUAGCCCACGGACUGGAGCGCAGCGGGCAGCGCUUCCUGUGGGUUCUGCGCGGCCCGCCGGCAGCCGGUGCGGGACCCGGACAGCCCUCGGACGCGGACCUCGGGGAGCUGCUCCCGGAGGGGUUCUUGGAGAGGACAAAGGAGAAGGGCAUGGUGUGGCCGACCAAGGCUCCGCAGAAGGAGAUCCUGGCGCACGCCUCUGUGGGGGGCUUCGUGACGCACGGCGGGUGGAACUCGACCCUGGAGAGCCUGUGGUUCGGCGUGCCGAUGGUGCCAUGGCCGCUGUACGCGGAGCAGCACCUGAACGCGUUCACGCUGGUGGCCUACAUGGGCGUGGCCGUGGCCAUGGAGGUGGACAGGAAGAGGAACAACUUCGUCGCCGCGUCGGAGCUGGAGCGGGCCGUGAAGGUGCUCAUGGAGCGCGACUCCGAGGAGGGGAAGAGGGCGAGGGAGAAGGCCGCGGAGAUGAAGGCAGCGUGCAGGAAGGCCGUCGAGGAGGGCGGGUCCUCCUACUCUGCCCUGGGGAGUCUCUCCGAGGAGAUAAUCAAUGGAGCGAAUUAGUAAUUCGAGAAUGCCAGGGCGUUGUGGUUGCAGGCUGCAGUUCUUGUUCUUCCUGCUGAUCAUUCCGGGUUUUGUGCCGGCAUCGCGAGCAAUCCGCAUGCGGUCUCUAGACCUAAUAAAACUCCAUGCUACUACAAACUAAUCCGUGGUUGGAUAGUCAGAAGAGUAUGGUAUCCCUUGUCCAUCAGAAUUCAAGUCCUAGACUUGACAUUGGUACUUCUAUUUUCCUGAAUUUAUUUCAGUCUUCCGGCGAUGUGCUUUCAUUGGAAGGACACGUUUCCGUGACAACGAAGGCGUCAGUGACGACUUCAUCAAUCUCAAGAUGAUGUGACGGCUUAGUC